AUGAUGCAAGCCCGCCAGCUCGGCAACGAGCUCUUUGUCGGCGUCCACUCGGACGAGGACAUCCUCCACCACAAGGGCCCCACGGUGAUGCGGAUGGACGAGCGCGAGACCGCCGUCAACGCCUGCAAAUGGGUGACCCAAGUGGUGCCCAACGCCCCCUACGUCACCGACCCCAAGUUCAUGGACAAAUACGACUGCCCCUACGUCGCCCACGGCGACGACAUCACCACCGACGCCAACGGCAACGACUGCUACCAGGAAGUGAAGGACUUGGGCCGGUUCGUCGUGUUCAAGCGCACCCCGAACAUCCUGACCACCGAUCUCGUGGGGCGGAUGCUCUUGAUGCUGAAGUCGCACCACUACCGUCCCGUCACCGGCAACUACCAGGACCAUCCGUUGUUCAAUGACGACAAUCUUGACCGGUUCCGCCGCUACGCCACCGACGAAACGGGGAACCACCCGGGGCUGGCGGUGUGGUUGUACCAAGAGAACCAGCCCCAGUUGACGGAGAUCGUCGCCCCGCUGGCGGCUACAAAAGCUAAAUUGAGCAAGAUCGUCUACGUCGACGGCGGGUUCGACUUGUUCCACCCGGGCCACAUCGAGGCGUUGCGCGUCGUCCACGACGAUGCUCAAAAGGAAGGUGCUGCCGUGGUGGUGGGGAUCCACGACGACAAGACGGUGUCGCAGUUUAAGGGGAUGAACUACCCGAUCAUGAACUUGUUUGAGCGGGCGUUGUGUACGCUCCAGUGCCGGUUUGUCGAUGCGAUCGUGUUGGCGGCCCCCUACGAGCCCACGAAGAAAUACUUGGCGACGUUGCCUGGUGAAGUGGUGAGAGUGUUCCAUGGUCCUACCCCGUUUGAAGACGGCCACCCCGACCCUUACGCCGAUGUUGCCAGCUUGUUUAAGGAGAUCGGCCCUCAUAAGUACGACGACAUGAACACCGAGACCAUCGUCAAACGGGUAUUGGAAAACAAGGCGGCCUACGAGGAACGCCAGCGGAAAAAGGGGUGGAAGGCCGCCCACGAGCGCGACUUGGAGGCCCAGGANUGGAGGCCCAGGAACGCGACAAGCACGCCUGAAAUUGUAUUGAAUAAAUGA